ACCAUUUAUGCAGUCUUCGUUCGUCUUAGACUUGGACAUCAUUCGGAUCAUGGGAAUAAUUAACCCUGAAACGAUUGCGCAAGAGUACGAACAUGAAUCCCUCAACGGUAGCGUCGUCACGUUCGAAGACCUGGAUCACCCUAAUCGCAACUUACCAACCCCCUCGCAACGAGCACAAAAGCUUGGGUACAUAGCCGAAACUUAUGAGGUCGUUACAGAGGAUGGAUACAUCUUGCAGAUGCACAGGAUCUUAGGGUCCAAGAAGAGUCCCAAGUCCAAUGACAAGCCCCCUGUACUGCUAGUCCACGGACUUCUGGAUUGCUCAGCCUCGUGGGUGUUAGCGAGUCCUGAAAAAGGUUUAGGUUAUAUGUUAGCUGAUCAGGGAUACGAUGUAUGGAUGGGCAACGUACGCGGUAACAGAUACUCCCGGAAACACAAGCAAUAUACUACUGCGGAUAAAAACUACUGGAUGUUCAGCUGGCACGAGAUAGGGAUGUUCGAUAUUCCAGCGAUGAUAGAUCAUGUCUUGAAGGAGACCAAACGGGAGAAGAUUCUAUACGUGGGUCAUAGCCAGGGGAGCACUUCCUUCUUUGUCAUGGCGAGCGAACGGCCGGAGUAUCAACAGAAACUUGUGGCGUCGUUCAAUAUGGCGCCGGCGGUUUUCAUGUCCCAGGCGACGCACCCUUUCAUCUGCUUGUUGUCACCUAUUGUCAACGAUUUAAAUGCACUGAUGAGUAUGAUAGGUAAGAACGAGUUCAAGCCAUCGGGUCCCUUUAUAAGAACGGUGGCGAAAAUUAUAUGCGAUGAUGAUGCUCCUACGCAACCAAUUUGCACAAAUGUAAUGACACUCUUUGGUGGACGUAACGAAAAGGAAUUGAACUAUACUCUUCUACCUGACAUUGGGCAAUAUGAUCCUGCUGGUGCAUCUAUCAGACAAUUCACACACUAUGCACAGUUGCAAACAUCUGGGAACUUUGAACAAUUCAAUUAUGGCCCAGUGGAUAAUAUGAUAAAGUAUGGCAGCAUAAACCCUCCUAAGUAUGACCUUGCUAGUAUCAAAAUGCCUGUUUAUUUAUUCUAUGGUAACAAUGAUGAAAUGGUCAGCGUGAUGGAUUUAAACGAAUUGUACAGGAAGCUACCGAACGCUAAGAAAUUUUUGGUCCCGUACAAAUGGUUUACGCACCUUGAUUUCCUUUGGGCUAUGAACAUUGAUACUCUAGUGUAUAAUAAUAUGCUUGACCUUAUGGCAAAAUACAAGAUUUGAAUCUAACUUUUUAAUAAAAUGUGAUAAUAAUUGUGCAUAUACAUAUAAUUGUUUCUAUUUACAAUUUAACCUGUAAACAAAAUACCUACAUACACCGUACAACGUCUCAACGAUAAAGCUACCGACGCUUACGCCUAUCUAAUUUUACCAGGAGUUGUUAAAAAGACUUGUUUUUGGAAAUAAUUAUUUGUAGAAUCCGAAACGCAAUGAGGUCGUAUUUCAGCUGUUACAAGAGCAAGAAAGAGAGGGUCACACUCGCGUUCUUUAUCAAUUUCCCGAAGUUAUACGAAGUACCGAGCUAACGUACACGAUGCACUCAAUUAUGCCCACAUUGCCUACAAUACAUUCUUGAAUAAACGAACCAAUGAGAUACUUUCGCAAGUCAUGUGGUUGUGUUAUUAGAAGUCAUCUUUCUAUUGAAUGAACAAUAAAUUAAUAAUUUUAAGUUGCACAAAGAAUGUUUCUAACUAAAUAUACGUUCAUUUUAAAAUAAAAAUUGUAGAUAAAUGUUGUUACGCUGUUGGGCUUAGUACAUAUAGCGCCGCGACGGGAAUUAACGGAAACUCGAUUAAUGACCAUCGAGUACGCGAUCACGUAACUCCAUUAAAAUUCGAAGCGAGAUUCAAAGGAACCAGCGUCUUACAAUGUACAUCGAUCGUGGUCGAUCAAGCAGAGAAAGUCAAGGGUCGAGAGAGAAAAGAAGACUUAGAAAUACUUGGUUUAUUUUUUGAAGGC